AUGUUACGAAACUCCCAAGCGGAGGCCUGGAAUGGUCUAGACGUGAUGGGGCUGCCCACGGGCCACUCCUGCCUUCUUGCAUCUGUCUCUCUGUCUGUCAGCCAGUGUCAAUCCAAGAGUGAGCCAUAUCUGCAGACACCCGUGCUGAGAAGGGAAACCAGCUUAGUUUUGAGUUUCAGACAGAAAUUGGAGAGUCGGGACAUCUGCUUCACACCAGGCUUAAUUUACCUCUUUAUCCCUCUCCACGGCUCUGUGGGGGAGGCAAGGUCAGCCUGCAAAGCCACCUUGACCUACAGCUCAGCAGGGUCCCAGCCUUCAAGCUUCAGCCCCUCAGAGCACUUCCAGCCUUUCCAGAAACAAACUCUUACCUGUGAGAAUUGGUGA